AUGCCACAGAAUUUCAUCCUUGAGGUUGAAGUAUUCGAUUGCUGGGGUAUCGAUUUCAUGGGUCCUUUUCCCUCUUCUUAUGGUAAUAAGUACAUCCUGGUUGCUGUUGAUUAUGUUUCUAAGUGGGUCGAAGCCAUUGCCAGCCCCACCAACGAUUCUUCAGUGGUUCUUAAGAUGUUCAAGACCAUCAUCUUCCCUCGAUUUGGAGUUCCUCGAAUUGUUAUAAGUGAUGGUGGUUCUCACUUUAUUAACAAGGUUUUCGAAAAACUCAUAAGGAAGCAUGGAGUUCAUCAUCGAGUUGCAACUCCUUAUCACCCUCAGACGAGUGGACAGGUUGAAGUCUCGAAUCGACAGAUCAAGGAAAUCUUGGAGAAGACAGUGGGUAAAACUCGGAAGGACUGGGCUGCGAAGUUGGACGAUGCACUCUGGACGUACAGGAUAGCGUUCAAAACACCUCUAGGCACCAUGCCUUUCCACCUGCUCUAUGGAAAACCCUGUCACCUUCCAGUGGAGAUCGAACACAAGGCAGCUUGGGCGAUUAAGAUGAUGAACUUCGACAUCAAGUCUGCUGCAGAGAGGAGACUGAUACAGCUGAAUGAGUUGGACGAAAUCAGGCACCAUGCCUAUGAGAAUUCGAAGCUGUACAAGGAGAGGACCAAGGCAUAUCACGAUUCGAAAAUCCUCUCCAGGCAAUUCGAGCCGAACGACUAG